AUGUAUUUCAUUAAACCGGCAGUGUUAGGGUUCAUUUCCUUCUGUGGUUUUUCUUCGGCUUUUGAGCCAUUGUUUUUGAACAAUGUGCCGGAAACCCAAUUGGAUGUCGUUCCACCAGUCGGUUCUAGUGUAGGUUUUAUUGACAUUGGAGAGUAUGAAUCUAAUGGACAUGAUGAAGCUUUCAAGAGUUAUUCUGUGGAGAAAGAUGUGGAUCUCAAGCGUACUGAUGUACACGUUUGCCGUGGGAAUAACGCAUACAAGUGUGAAGGUACUGAAGUUGAUGCUGAGGCAGCAGCAGAAUCCAUUGCAGGAAUUGCGUACUUGAACAGCAGAAAUCGUGACUGCCGUAGAGGUAUUUACCAAUAUGACAAAUUUUACUUCAGUUACAAGGCUACAGGUAAGAACUGUAACACUAGCGCUAGGUUUGAGACACUUAAGGGGGCUAUUAAAGAUUACAUUCAAUUCGAGAUGACUCAUCAAGUUUGCCAAUUUACUUGUAUAGCUAUGAACCACGAGGGUAGCUGGAACGGUUACGUUGGGAUUGGCACUAAUUUGGGAUUGGUUCAAUACACUGACUGUGGUCCUGAAUCAGGUCCUUUCAGAUCUUGCACUCAAUGUGGUGAUAAAUGCUGA